UCUAUAACUCUUACCAAGAGACGAUGGUUGCGUAUGACUUUCAUCUGUUCUUUAACAACUAUCAAUCAUCAAUGUAAUAAUGUGAAUUUCUGUGCAUUACGACAAACAAUUUCAAGCUAAUUUCAUUGUUCUAGAUUAUAUUUCGUGAAGACUAUACGAAUAAUGCUAUGUUACACUUGAUCAUUAACUAUAAUAGACAAUGCCUUUUUUUGAUGCUCUGGCACGAUGGCUUGGUAUGAAGAAGAAGGAAGUGAAUGUGAUGGUUGUAGGUUUGGAUAAUAGUGGUAAAACUACCAUCAUCAAUCACUUCAAAUCUCCUGAGACAAAAAAUCAUGACAUUGUUCCAACUGUUGGUUUUAAUGUUGAGAAGUUCAAAUCAAAGUCUCUUGCAUUCACUGCAUUUGACAUGUCUGGACAAGGCCGAUAUAGGAACUUAUGGGAACAGUACUAUAAAGAGUGUGAUGGUAUUAUAUUUGUUAUAGACAGUAGUGAUAAGUUGCGUAUGGUGGUUGCAAAAGAAGAACUGAAUCUCUUAUUGGAAAAUCCUGAACUAAAAAACAGAUCUAUUCCAAUAUUAUUCUAUGCUAACAAAAUGGAUGCAAGAGAUGCAGUUUCAAGUGUUAAGUGUUCCCAUCUUUUGGAGCUACAGUCCUUAUCCAACAAGCCAUGGUUUAUAUGUGCCAGUAAUGCUUUGACUGGUGAAGGCUUGCAUGAAGGAGUAGAUUGGCUGACUGAUCAACUAAAAAUAGUUCUUCAAAAAAAGAAAAAAUAGUAGUGCUUUAUACAUGUCAUUGAUUAACAUGUUUUUUUAAAAAUAAUGCUGUGUGUUAAUAUAUUUUAUUUAUCUUAUUUCUGAGGCUUUUUUUCAGUCUCAUUAGUCUCAUUACUGUUUUUUUUUUGUUUUUUUUGUCUUUGCAGCAUGUGGAGACUAUGGUAUAAUGUUACAGUACAAAAAGAAAUUAACUAUAUCUUAAUUUAUUUGUUUGUAGAAAAGUUGCAAAUUUAACUAAAACAUUAUGGUUACUUUAAUAAUUGUUAACUUAUCAAUUCUCAAAUUACCUGAGACUUGCUGAAAUGGAAUCUCAUGUAACCCUUAGCAGAAAUGCCACUUUCAGGAGAUGGUCUCACUUAAAUGGAGAUAUAUUUUGUAAUUUGACAAGCAUGAAAUUUUAAAUAAAUCCUUUUUUUUUAACUACAAAAAAAUUCUAUUUACUUGUCUAUAAAUGAAUUAAAUAUGUGAAGUUGGACUGAUGAACAUUUAUUAAAUUAGGCAGCCUGGUCAUAUAGUAUGGGCUUCAAACUGUCAUCUGGAUAGAUGGUCCAAAGUAUGAGACUUGCCCACUUUAUUUACUUGCUGUCAAGAGACAUAGUUAUCUUCAUUUCUAAAAGAAUAUCUAAAAAACAACAACAAAAAACUUAAGCUUAUUACCCAGAAAACAAAUAUCUACAUGAUAUGCUUUUUUUUUAAAAAUAAAUUAAAUUCUGAAUGGCAGGUGAAUGAAUUAUGGAUAAAUGAUAAUGAUUUUUGAGACUCUCAGGUUGGCUACCCAUUAGAUAUGGGUCAAGGCAAUAACAUUUUUAUUCAAAUUUUAAAUUUCUAAUCAGGUCUCCAUAGGAUUACAAUCCAAAACAUUAGAUUACCAUGUUGUUUGGUGGAACAAAAUCACUUGCUGAGUAUGUAUAUUGGUAUUUCACUUUUUAUUACAUAAACAUAACAAUCUUAAUGUUUAAAAAUCUAUAGAUGGCCUGUACAUUGGAAUGUUAAACUAAGCUAACUAGAUUAACCCCCAAACUGGAUAUCUGAUGUUAUUUAAAACAAGCUAUUUUCUACUUCUAGAAAAAAAAAAUUAAUUGCAUGAAUCUCUUGCAAGAAAUCAAGAAAAUCCACCUUCUAUCAUAUCUGGAAUAAGAGUGCUUGGAAAGAAAUUGUCCAUAACAAUUUGUGUAACUGGUCUCUUUCUGUAACCUGGUAUAAUUAGAAUAUUUUAGCAUUCACUGUCUACUUAGGUUAUAUGUUGAAUUCAUAAACAUUCAAAGGGAAUAGUUUUUUUCAGCUCAAUUUAAAUCCUAAUUUACAAGUUAAAACCAUCUUAGAAAUUCAAACUUGUACCAUCAGAUUAGCAGUCAAACAUUUUAGGCCUCCCUACCACUAGCCGACACUUCAACUUCUUGUAACUAUUUUUAUAGAAGCUUAGAUAAUAAAGACUUAUGUAAUUUAUCUUUAA